AAUGCCCUUUGUCUGCACCAACUCAUGAGGUAAUGGCUUUGGGAACUUCAUUAUCCCAUUCAAAUCCGUCUGUCCAGAUUCAGGUGUCACAUGUUUCACCUGGUCAUUCUGAAGUUUGGAAGAAGGGAGGACGUUUGCUAUCAGCACUGCUAGCAAUUAAUGUGGGCCUAGUGGCUUGUGUACUGGUAAGCAGUGGUUCACUGGAAGAAGUCAUUGUGCAAGACACAGAGGUGCUGGCAUUUCUGGUCAUCCUCAUGCUCCUUUCAACUUUGUGGAUGAUUUUCCAGUUCUACUUCUCUUGUCAAAAGGAUGCUGUUCUGUACAAGGACUCACAUGCAGGACCUGUGUGGCUGAGAGGUGGUUUAGUCUUCUUUGGGAUUUGCAGUCUGGUUUUGGAUGUGUUUAAAAUUGGGUAUUAUAUCAGCUAUAUUGAUUGCGAGUCUCCAAUCAAACUUAUUCACCCCAUGGUGCAAAGUGCAUUCAUCAUCCUUCAGACCUAUUUUCUCUGGGUCUCCAGCAAACAUUGUGUACAAAUCCAUACCAACAUUUCGAGGUAUGGCCUUAUGCUUGUACUCAUCACUAAUCUCAGCAUCUGGAUGGCUGCAGUAAGUGAUGAGUCUGUUCACCAAACCAAAGAUUUGGAGGAUGACCAUAAUGACCUAAGUGUAACAUCAGGGUACCAUGAACAAAAAGAUUCUGUUGGAGCACACAGCCACACCUGCCAAUGUAGUAACCACUUAUGCCAUAUCUUCCAGACUGGGUAUUAUUACCUUUACCCAUUUAACAUUGAAUACAGCCUUUUUGCCUCAGCCAUGACAUAUGUAAUGUGGAAGAAUGUGGGCCGUGAGAUGGAUGAUCACAUGCCAUCUCACCAACGUCUAAGUCCUUGCUUUUGCUUUAAAAGCAUUUUUGUUGGCCUGUUGUUGGGAGGAGGAGUGCUACUGGGUGGUAUUGUGGCUCUUGUCACCUAUAAGGUUCAAGUAAAUAGCCAAGAUUCAGUUUACCAGGCCCACAUAAUGUUCUAUUCAUUUAACAUUGUAGCUCUUAGCCUCAUGUCCAUAGGGUCCCUUGCCGGCUCUAUAAUCUACAGAUUCGACAAGAGAGGCAUGGAUGGACAUAAAAACCCCACACGAACACUUGACGUUGCCCUUCUGUUGGGGGCUGCACUGGGUCAUUAUUGCAUCUCUUACUAUUCCAUAGUAGCCAUGAUAGCUACAUCUCCGAGAGAGCUACUCAAUGCUCUAAACCUAGUGUACUCAAUACUAAUGAUUGUGCAGCUCACUCUUCAGAACACUUUCAUUAUUGAGGGACUUCACAGACAACCAUUCCAAGACACAGUUCAAGAGCCUGAGAAAACUAUUGUCUACGCAAAUGUAUCUGUGGCACAAUCUCUGCCAAACGAAGAACCACCAGUAUCUACAGUUCCAGUCCCAGAUCUCAUGGUCAUCCGGAUGCAAGCUACAGCUGGUCCUCCAUGGAAUUUAAAACGAAGGCUAGUUCAGGAGAUGUCCCUAUUUUUGCUCCUCUGUAACAUCAUACUUUGGCUCAUGCCAGCAUUUGGGGCUCGGCCACAGCUGAAGAAUAAUCUGGAGUUGAAUUUUUAUGGAGUUGUUGUAUGGACAAUAAUCACCAACAUCUGUCUACCUUUUGGAAUCUUCUACCGCAUGCAUGCUGCUGCUAGCCUGUUAGAAGUGUUCAGAAUGUCCUAAAUGAAGAAGAUAAGAAAGGGAGGUGGCAAACCAAUGGUGAUAAUUGAUAAAUUACAGUCAAUUGAGGUAUGGAUGAAAACUGUAGGGGGGGAAAUCAUGGAGUUUUGGCAGUGCAAAGGAAGAAUAUCAUCACCUUAUUUUGGUCUGCCUUCAACAAACUGUGAGAGAAAGUAUUUAUUUUGUCAUUUAUUUAUUGUGCUAUAUUUUGCUUGAAGUAUCUACUUUGUCUAAAUUAUUUUCCUAGCUUUGGGAAACUUGAAAUUGUGAAACUUGUGAAAUUGUAUUUGUAUCAUGUCUGUGUGUUGGGACUGUUGUGCUAAAUGCCUAAUGUCCUCAUAUCUGUGUUGUGUUUAUAAUAGGAUACAGAAUUUUUUAGAGAAGUCUCCUGAUUAAAAAAAUGUCACUACA